ACUUUUUUUAAAAUAAAACUUGAUCUUAACAAUCUCUUACCUUUUUACCAUCUUAACACACCACAAUUUUUUUUUUAUUAAAAAUCUAACAAGAGACUUUGUUUCUUUAUUAUUUUCUUAUACAAUCUUUCUAAUAAAACUUUUUUACACACAUUAAAAAUGCCUCCAUCAACAAACUCGACCGAACAACAAAAGUAUACAGGACGUAUUGGUAGUUUAAGUCCUCAACAAGAAGAAAUAUUAGAUAAAUUCCGUCAAGAAGUUAAGGAAGAAGGAAUAUUUGAUGAAAGACGUCAUGACGACGCAUGUUUACUAAGAUUUUUACGUGCACGUAAAUUUGAUUUAGUUAAAACAAAAAAAAUGUUUACGGAUUGUGAAAAAUGGCGUAAAGAAUUUGGCGUAGAUGAAUUAGUAGCCACAUUUGAUUAUAAAGAACGUGAUGAAGUAAUGAAAUAUUAUCCAAGAUAUUAUCAUAAAACCGAUAAGGAUGGUAGACCAAUUUAUAUUGAAGAAAUUGGUAAGGUUGACGUAAAGGCUUUAUAUCAAAUUACGACAAUUGAGAGACAAAUUCAAAAUUUAGUUGUUGAAUAUGAAAAAUUGGCCGAUAUUAGAUUACCUUCUUGUUCUGAAAAAAAUGGAAAAUUAAUUGAAACUUCUUGUACUAUUCUUGACCUUAAGGGAGUUAGUAUACGUUCUUUUUCGAACGUUUUUGGUUUUGUCAAACAAGCUUCUAACAUCGGUCAAAAUUAUUAUCCUGAACGUAUGGGUAAAUUUUAUAUAAUUAAUGCUCCCAUGUUAUUUUCUUCUGUUUGGAAUUUAGUUAAACCUUUGUUAGAUGAAGUAACUGCCGCUAAAAUUGUUAUUCUUAAUUCAAAAUAUCAACCUACUUUAUUGGAAAACAUUCCCAUUGAAAAUUUACCCGUCGCUUUCGGUGGUAAAUGUGAUUGUGAAGGAGGCUGUCAGCUCUCGGAUGCAGGUCCAUGGAAAGAAUCUGGUGCUAUUAAUGGAUUGGUAACAAAUGGUUCAAUAUCUAAUGCUGACAAGAAAUAGACGAUCUUUUUAAAUUUAGUUAUAUAUAUUUAAAGAGGAAUAAAAACUUGGACUUUUUUUAUUAAUAAUAUAUAGAGUAUUCUUUAGUUUCAAUGUUUCCAUUAUUAUUAUUGUUUUUAUUUUAUAGAUUAAUAUAUUAUCAAUUUUUAAUAUAAUAAAAAUUGGAAACAAACUUUUUUUUUA